CGGCGGGCCGGCGCGAUGCGGCUGGGCCCGAGGCCCGCGGCGCUGGGGCCGCUGUCGCCGCUGCUGCUGCUACUGCUGCUGGGCGCCGCCGUGGCCGUGGCCGGCGCGGGCAAGGCCGAGGAGCUGCACUACCCGCAGGGCGAGCACCGCGCCGACUACGACCGCGAGGCGCUGCUGGGCGUCCAGGAAGACGUCGAUGAGUAUGCUAAACUUGACCACGACGAACAGCAAAGACGACUGCAGGCCAUCAUAAAGAAAAUCGACUCGGACUCCGAUGGCUUUCUCACUGAAAGUGAACUCAGUCAGUGGAUUCAGAUGUCUUUCAAGCAUUAUGCUAUGCAAGAAGCAAAACAGCAGUUUGUGGAGUAUGAUAAAAACGGUGAUGGCAUUGUGACAUGGGAUGAAUACAACAUCCAGAUGUAUGACCGCGUGAUUGAUUUUGAUGAGAACACGGCUCUGGACGAUGCAGAGGAGGAGUCCUUCAGGCAGCUUCAUUUAAAGGACAAGAAGAGGUUUGAAAAAGCUAACCAGGAUUCUGGUCCUGGAUUGAGUCUUGAAGAAUUUAUUGCUUUUGAGCAUCCUGAAGAAGUUGAUUAUAUGACGGAAUUCGUCAUUCAAGAGGCUUUAGAAGAACAUGACAAAAAUGGUGAUGGAUUUGUUAGUUUAGAAGAGUUUCUUGGUGAUUACAGGCGGGAUCCAACUGCAAGUGAAGAUCCAGAAUGGAUACUUGUUGAGAAAGACAGAUUCGUGAAUGAUUAUGACAAAGAUAAUGAUGGCAGGCUUGAUCCCCAAGAGCUGUUAUCGUGGGUAGUGCCCAAUAAUCAGGGUAUUGCUCAAGAGGAGGCUCUUCAUCUAAUUGACGAAAUGGAUCUGAAUGGUGACAAAAAGCUCUCUCAAGAAGAGAUUCUGGAGAACCAGGACUUGUUUCUGACCAGUGAAGCCACGGAUUAUGGCCGGCAGCUCCAUGAUGACCAUUUCUAUCAUGAUGAGCUUUAACCCCCCAGUGUGUCCUGAGUGCAGAAUGGGAUCCUUUUAUAAUUUGUCACCAGCUUUACUUUUGUGAUAAAAUAUUGAUGUUGUCUUUUACACUCUAAAGUCUUACCACAGUCAAAAUUAUCUUAACGUAGGUUAUAAUUUUUGGCCUUCUAGAAGAAAAACAAAACAAAAACUUGAUAUUUCUUUCAAAACGUCUCAAAGCAGUAAAACAUCAAUAUUGUGCCAUAAGACCACAGUCUUUCCUAAAUGUGCCAUCUGUUUAGCACUGUGUUGUGGAAUAUUUUGAGUUGUAUUUCCAUACUUGAAAUGGGGAGUUUAGACACGCCUGAACCAUGUUAUUUAAAUAGUACGUGAUGACGCUAUCAGUUUCUGUUUUGUACCAAGUAGAGUUAACUUUGGGAGUGGCAGAAAGGACAGUGUUUUUAGGUUUAACAUUUUGGUUUAAAACCUUUGCAGAAACCUUCAGAAGGACUAAACCUCACAUGUUGGUGUUGAGAAGUUCUACUUAAUUUUAAAAUGGUUUCUAUAAAGGCUUUUGUCGUAUGGGAUAGAACUUUAUAUUUUUGCAUAUGUAUAGAUAGUAAUUAUAUUUAAUGUAUAACUAUAGCAUUAUGGUGAGUGGAAUUUGACAUUGUUGAGAACUCUUUUCUUUUCUGACUCAUUAAAAAAUGAAGUGUCCUAUCUUUUUA